AUGAGGGUGACGUUUGACGCGGUUGAGCUUCGGGCUGAGCUGCUGCUUAAAGGCGGUGAGUCAGAUACGCCUUCGGAGUUCCUGCAAAAAGCCCGCGUGGUCUAUGAAUCAGAAGACCCGGACUCGGGUCGCUUGCUUCGCCCUGCAAAUGUAAAGGCUCGUCUCGAUAUGUCCAUGAGGGAUGCCUGCAGACGUGGCGACAUGCUGACCCGAGGUACGUACCGCCUGGAGCGUCUGACAUGGGCUCGGUGGAUCAGCAGUGCUACCUCCCAAAUCGCCCUCACCCUUGCCAUUCUCUUGAUAACCAUUUUUCUCCUUGGAUUUAUUGCUGACCCCAUCAUUGACCUUUGCCUUGGCCCGGUCGCGGACGAUAUUUACUUGGAGCUCGAAGAAGAUGCUUCGUGGAUAGAACAUUUCAUCAAAGGAUUUGCAGCCCUAGGAUUUGCCUCAUUCUUCAAAGCAAUCUUUACCCUUUCCCCAUUGCAUUGGAAUAUUCGCGGGUCGGGUGUUGUUAGUAACGGACGCUCAACUGGACGCAAUCGGCUGGCCUCAUUAAACUGGCUGGUGAUCCUGGUUGGGAUUGGCACAUUUCUCUGGGCUGUUUACAAGGGCGUUCGAUCUUGGUGUAGACGUACCUUGGAAAAAGCCGGCGAACGAGUCAUGGACGUACCCCUACCCGAGGACGAUGAUGACAUUCCUAAAACUACAGAGCGUGCUGAGGGACCACGUCCCAAGGUCGAAUAA